AUGUCACUGCUCGUCGCAGGACGCGAUACGACGGCCAGCUUGCUCACUUUCACAAUCUAUAUGCUAGCCGAGCACCCAGAGGUUCUUACGAGACUACGAAAGGAAAUAUUGGAGAAGAUCGGUCCUCACAGACGGCCUACGUACGACGACUUCCGUGAAAUGAAGUACCUUAAGGCCGUCCUCAAUGAAACCUUGAGGUUGUACCCUCCUGUUCCAUUCAAUCUCCGAACGUCGAACCAGGGAACGACGUGGCCAAAUAAGCAACCCGGCGGCAAGCCGUUCUAUAUCCCCCCCAACACACGGACACCGUACGUUGUCUUCAUGAUGCACCGGCGCAAAGAUCUCUGGGGUCCAGAUGCUUUCGAAUUCGACCCUGAUCGCUUCCUCGACGAGCGCCUGCACAAAUACCUCACCCCCAACCCGUUCAUCUUCCUCCCAUUCAAUGCCGGUCCGCGCAUCUGCCUCGGACAGCAGUUCGCGUACCACGAGGCCUCGUUCUUCCUCGUCCGGCUCUUCCAGGCGUUCUCGACCGUCGCCCUCGUGCCCGAAGCACAGCCGCCUGACUCGCGUGCACCGGCGGUGUGGAAGGAAGAUAAGGAGGGGAGGAAGGGUAGGGAGAAGAUCAGGCCGAAGACACAUUUGACGAUGUAUGUUCAGGACGGGUUGUGGGUUACAAUGCGCGAGGUCAGGACAGCUGAGGAACCCUAA